AUGGCCAGAGCAACUACAACCACCUGUUUUACAUGUAGACGGAGUAACGCUGCGUACUUAUGUGUAAAUUGUUCACAAUACUUCUGUUUCGCACAUUUGGAAGAGCAUCGUCAGUUAAUUGAAGAUCAGUUUAAUAGUAUAGAAGAUCACCGCAAUAGUCUUCUUCAAACACUCAAUGAACAGAAAUCCAAUGUAUCAAAACAUCCUCUUAUACAGCAAAUUAAUAAAUGGGAAUGUGAUUCAAUUCAUAGAAUUCAACAAGUGGCAGAAGAAUCGAGACAAUCCUUAGUUCAACCCAUUGAGAGACAUAUUCAUAAAGUUUUAGUUAAAUUAAACGAACUAAGUGAACAACUGAAACAAACUCGACGAGAAAAGGACAUUAACGAAACUAUUUUACAGAAAUAUGAAGACGCAUUGAAACAAUUAACAAAAGAGCUGAACAAACUACGAAAUAUUUCCAUCAGAGAGGAGAUUUCAUCAUUUAUAACCAAAAUAUCAGUUGUCACACUUUCUCCACAACUGUCUAUUCCCACUGUUCCCAAUGAUGCGAAAUGGAUGCAGAAAGGAAUUACUUUGGUCGGAGGAAAUGAAUCAGGUAAUCAAUUACAACUGUAUCAUCCGAAUGGUUUAUAUGUAGAUGAUAAUGGCGAGACUCUCUAUAUUGCUGACUGUUUUAACCAUCGUGUUGUAAAAUGGCAGCAUGAUAUGGUCUGUGGACAAGUCAUUGCUGGCGGAAAUGGCCAAGGAAAUGAAAAUAAUCAAUUAAGUUAUCCAAGAAGUAUAGUUUUCGAAAAAGAGACUGAUUCGUUAAUCAUCUGCGAUGCGGGUAAUAGACGUAUAAUGCGAUGGCCGCGUCGAAGCGAUGCAAAUGGAGAAAUACUAAUCUCAGAUAUAGAUUGUUGGGAUUUAAUCAUUGAUAACGAUGGAUAUCUUUAUGCAUCUGAUGUUAAAAAAAAUGAAGUAAAACGAUGGAAAAUAGGAGAUAUAAAUGAAACAUUGGUGAUUGGUGGUAAUGGGCGUGGAAAAGCGCUCAAUCAACUUCAUUUUCCGACAUAUAUUUAUGUCGACCAAGAUUAUUCAAUCUAUGUGUCGGAUUCUGAGAAUCAUCGCAUAAUGAAAUGGAUAAAAGGUGCAAAAGAAGGACUUGUUGUUGCUGGUGGAAAUGGACGAGGCAAUGGUUUGAAUCAAUUGUCAUUCCCUCGUGGUAUACUUGUCAAUCAGUUAGGUACUGUGUAUGUUGCUGAUACUUUUAAUCAUCGAGUGAUGCGCUGGACCAAAGGAGCAUCACAAGGUGACGUCAUCGUGGGUGGAAAGGGAAAUGGAACGCAGGCACAUCAAUUGAACCUUCCUGUUGGAUUAUCAUUCGAUCAUCAGAACAAUCUUUAUGUUGUCGAUAAUCAUAAUCAUCGAAUACAAAAAUAUAAUAUUGAGUAA